GAGGGCGGGCCGGCGCGCCGGCGCAGUGCGCCCGUCACAGCCUGGCUGCUGCAGUAGGAUCCUCGCUUCCCUGAGUGUUGGCCAGGGAGAAAGGAAGAUGGUGCUGGAUCUGGAUUUGUUUCGGGUGGAUAAAGGGGGGGAUCCAGCCCUCAUCCGAGAGACGCAGGAGAAGCGUUUCAAGGACCCGGGACUAGUGGACCAGCUGGUGAAAGCAGACAGCGAGUGGAGACGAUGCAGGUUUCGGGCAGACAACUUGAACAAGCUGAAGAAUCUGUGCAGCAAGACAAUUGGAGAAAAGAUGAAGAAAAAGGAGCCAGUGGGUGACGAUGAAUCCAUUCCGGAGAAUGUAUUAAAUUUUGACGAUGUCACUGCAGACACUUUAACUAACCUGAAAGUCUCACAGAUCAAAAAAGUCCGACUCCUCAUCGACGAAGCCAUCCUGAAGUGUGAUGCUGAGCGCAUCAAGCUGGAAGCAGAGCGUUUUGAGAGCCUCAGAGAAAUCGGGAAUCUUCUGCACCCGUCUGUGCCCAUCAGUAAUGAUGAGGAUGCAGACAACAAAGUAGAGAGAAUAUGGGGUGACUGUACAGUCAGGAAGAAGUACUCUCAUGUGGACCUUGUGGUGAUGGUAGAUGGCUUUGAAGGCGAGAAGGGGGCCGUGGUGGCUGGGAGUCGAGGGUACUUCCUGAAGGGGGUCCUGGUGUUCCUGGAACAGGCACUGAUCCAGUAUGCCCUUCGCACCUUGAGAAACCGGGGGUACACUCCCAUUUAUACCCCCUUUUUCAUGAGGAAGGAGGUCAUGCAGGAGGUGGCCCAGCUCAGCCAGUUUGAUGAGGAACUUUAUAAGGUGAUUGGCAAAGGCAGUGAAAAGUCUGAUGACAACUCCUAUGACGAGAAAUACCUGAUCGCCACCUCGGAGCAGCCCAUUGCUGCUCUCCACCGGGACGAGUGGCUGCGGCCCGAGGAUCUGCCCAUCAAGUAUGCUGGCCUGUCUACUUGCUUCCGCCAGGAGGUGGGCUCCCAUGGCCGUGACACCCGUGGCAUCUUUCGAGUGCAUCAGUUUGAGAAGAUUGAGCAGUUUGUAUACUCGUCACCUCAUGACAACAAGUCGUGGGAGAUGUUCGAAGAGAUGAUUGCCACCGCCGAGGAGUUCUACCAGUCUCUGGGGAUUCCUUACCACAUCGUGAACAUUGUCUCAGGUUCUUUGAAUCAUGCUGCCAGUAAGAAGCUCGACCUGGAGGCCUGGUUUCCAGGCUCUGGAGCCUUCCGUGAGUUAGUCUCCUGUUCUAAUUGCACGGAUUACCAGGCUCGCAGGCUCCGAAUCCGAUACGGGCAAACCAAGAAGAUGAUGGACAAGAGAAAGAAUAAUCUCCCUUUAUCUGCACAGAACAAGUUGGAGGCAACGUCUUCCCUCUUCUCACCCAAGAAGGUGGAGUUUGUGCACAUGCUCAAUGCUACAAUGUGCGCCACGACUCGCACCAUCUGCGCCAUCCUGGAGAACUACCAGACAGAGAAGGGCAUCAUUGUGCCCGAGAAGUUGAAAGAGUUCAUGCCGCCAGGACUCCAAGAAUUGAUUCCCUUUGUGAAGCCUGCACCCAUUGACCAGGAGCCAUCAAAAAAGCAGAAGAAGCAACACGAGGGCAGCAAGAAGAAGGCGGCAGCAAGAGAUGUCACCCUAGAAAACCGGCUGCAGAACAUGGAGGUCACCGAUGCCUGAACAUUCCUUGCUCCCAGUUUGCCGGGCUUCCUGUCUGCUGGGGUCUCAGAGCCCGCCCAGGAGCCAGGAGGCCAGGCACCCGUUCAUCACCCUGCCCCUUCUGACUGCCGUGUACAGCACACGUGUUCCUGUGUCUCCGCGUGGACAUGGGAGCCCAUCACGGAUGACUGAUGAAACCAUGUAAUAAAGCAUCUCUGGGGAGGGCA